AUGUCAACUUCGUCCCGAACUUCAGAGACUGUCAAAGCUACGGAUGGAGCAGAGCGAGGCUCAGAGUACCUCCAAGGUGACUUCUGGGCUGCUUUUCGGCUAGAAGAGCCUGACAACGCGGAUGACAACGACGGAGCCCGUCAGCGAGAUCCUGAGACUACGUUACAGGAGACGUUCGUGCCCGAGAUGCAGCAGAUCAGUGCUACCAGUCCGUUGGUCUUCCCGAUAUUGGGCCUCGAAAGCCACAGCACCACACCAAGAACGGCUUUCCAUCAAUCCUCUGAGCUUGAAACGGACGACUACUUCCAAAUGGCACUCAGAGAGAUGGAACGUCUUACAGCGUCCGAUGCCGAACAGUCUGUCAUGGGUAUCCAAAAUACCGCUUCAGCACUGCCUCGAAAACAUACAAGGAGUCACCAGGACACGUACAGGCCACCGUCGAGAUACAGUCAAAUGGGCCUUUUUAGACCAGCACCGUCUGUCCUCGGACCUAAGCCACGACCUGUACUACCCUCACUUUCAUCCGCACCGGCCGUCCCAUCAUGGCGAAGACGAGCUGCGACCGCAUUACAACCCUCUCAUCGGGGCACGCUCACCGUAACGAACAAUUUGGGCCAACAGGGCACAGACAUCCAACAGCCUCUGACCUCCGGCCUGCUGGAUGAUCUAGUCGAUUCUGCAUGGUCGGAACCUUCCACACCCAUCACGCCCAUCGACACGGACAUAGCAGAUGAAGCAAACAUUGUUGACUUCGAAAGCUCGUUUACGCCCGACAGAAGCAGGCGGGGCAACUUCAGUGGUCAUCGAGAUUCACGCCGCUUGGAAGCCUCCCAUGAUGAUGCGGCGAAAUGUAUUCCAGUGACGACGGUGCAGCCGAAAGCUAAUGAGCUCAGGAGUUGUUUGAAGAAGCCGAAGCCCGGGGGUGCUGCCUCAGCGAGGGACCAGCUGUAUGAUUCCUGGAUAUGA